AUGCUCUUCGGCAGCUUUCGGGUGUACCUGGCCCCGAUCGCGCUGACACUGAUGAGGUUUAAGUCAAUCCCCUGCUACGGUGAGAUGGACGACGGAUUCCAGCAAAGACCCGAGAACGCAAUUGACGCGAUCAAGUUGGCGGCCGAUCCUGUCGUGGUUUUGGUCGCUAUGUGGUUUAUUGUGGGCCUUGUGCUGAGGAAGACGGAGCUCAAAGGCGACGUGAAGGAGGCAGUUGACAAGUUACAGACGGGUGCUGCGGCGAUGGUGCCCAUCCUCAUGUUGCUGCUGUUUAUUGACACCAUUCGAGGCUGGUACGACUUCUUCGUGAAAUUUGUGCCACGCAGUGACGUCUCUCGGGGUACGGAUGGUCUGCUCAAUGCUGGGUAUGGAGCACUGCAGAUGUCGUUCGACGUGCUGCAGCUAACUCAAUGA